AUGAAAAUAGCUUGGAAGAACAACAAGAAGCGGCCUUUGGGCAUCAUAUCAAAGUACCCAAAUCUCCCUUUUGAGCAGCAAAACGACCAACACAACAAUCAAGAAGACCCAUCAAACGAUCCCAAUAAGAAUCAAAACCAUACAGAGCUCAACCAGGAAGAACACCAUGAGCCACUCGACGCUCAGAGCGAGCCAUCAGAUUCUUCAGACGCUGCAAAACUCUUCCACUCCUUUCAAGCCGAGGGAACUAAGCUGGCGGAGGGUGGAAAGUACCGUGAAGCAUUGGGAAAAUGGGAGGCCGCUCUUAUGUUGAUGCCCGAAAAUGCUGUUUUACAUGAACAGAAGGCACAAGUUUUGCUUGAAAUUGGAGAUCCAUGGAAUGCAGUAAAGGCAGCAACUCGAGCCACUGAGUUGAAGCCUUCAUGGGAUGAGGCGUGGGUUACCCUUGGCAGAGCACAGUUAAACUUUGGGGAGCCUGAUAGUGCUAUUGAAAGCUUCGACAGUGCAUUAGCCAUCAAGCCUGAUUCUGAGGAGGCUCGAGAUGACAGACAUACAGCGAUGCAACUGGUUAAAAGGCGAAAACAACUCCAUUCAUCAGGCUUAAGCCCGACAAGAAACCGUUACGCAGUUGGUGAGAAGACAUGA